AUGAUCACAUAUGAGUUAUCAUUAAUUUUAAGAAAUAUGCCAAGGAAUGAGAUAUUUUCUACGUUAAAACGAACAGCAGAAUCCAUAUUCGAAAAGGGAGGAGUUAUUAGGAAAAUAGAAAAUUUAGGAGCCAGAGACCUUCCAUUUAAAAUGAGUGUACAUGGACAAGUGUAUCGACAAGGAAAUUAUUUUUUAAUGACGUUUGAUUCUCCUCCUAACGCAAUUUCUGAUUUACAUGAAGGAUAUAGUAGAGACAUCGAUAUCAUCCGGAAAUGUAUAUACAAAACUCAAGAUCCAGUAGUUGAAAGCUGCACAUUAGAAGAAGAACUUUUACCGCCAGCUUAUAGAGCUGAAGUACAAGCAUUAAUAGCACAGGCUAAGAAAAGUCCAAACCGUAAGUUGAAACUGAAAAGCGUGUUGGAUUAUUAUCCUUUCCAAAGAUAA